AUGAAUCAAAAUACAUACUCCGCAGCCAACGACAUCUGGCACAGCCAGCUGCUGGACAGCCCCCUCUGCCACAAGUGUCUCGAACUCCAUGACCACCAUGCAUGCACGACUCCUCUUUCCAAGCCCCUUUCGGCAGACGCUAUCUCCCUCCCCCCUCGAUCUAUCAGAUCCGGCAUUACAGGUGCCCUCUCUCUCCACGAUUACCGCAAGUUUCUCUCCAAAUCUGCGGACCGCGUCGGCGAUCGUGCCGAUCAUGCAAGUAGGAAAUUGAAGCGAAAGACCGCCGCGUUGCAUUUGAACCGCCCGCCCGCUCUUUCCAUUUCUUAUCCGGUCUCUGUGUCGUCUGCGACCUCGAGUCCUCCGCCACUGUCUCCUUCCUACUCACAGAGUAUCGUUUCCCAGCGGAGUGAAGAGCCUGAGAUUGCGGAAGCCCAGCCUGCGCAUUCUCAAUAUAAUCAGGACCCACGAGCAACCGUUGCGGAUAUAGGGCGUGGUAGAGUGAAUAGGAAGCGUUUGAAUACUUUUCGUGAAAAGCUUCAGAAGAGAACCGAAGCGAAAGUAGAAGCAGAUCGUGCUGCUAAACCGCCAGACACAGACUCAAUGUUGGCCCAUACGCAGGCCGUUGCCACCGUGUCACACGGUGGCGCCUGCUUCGAGAUACUGAACCCGCGCAAGUCGCUGGAUCUCGCACGCAUCGUCUCAUACAUUGAAGACGUGGACAAUUGCUCCAUGGUCUCUGUAGACCACCGUGACUCGGCCUUUUCUCUCGAGCAAGGACUGGACCGGGUGUCCCUGUCCCAACUCACCGAUGCCUCGUUGCCUUCAUUCUACUCCACGAACUCACUGUACACAUCUCUCCCCGCCGACCCACCAACACCGAAGGCCCAGUCAACAGAUAUCCCAUCCUCCUCUCCGCGAAUCCGCGAGCGUAUCCGCUCGCUAUCAGACUACUCUCUCACCGACCAAGCCUUCAAUUACUGGAGCCGGCCUGUACAAAACGAGCCCACGAUUCACGAACCCAACCACCAGCACUCCUUCAGCGAAAGAGACGCACCACAUGCACACCUCACCUCCAUCCGCGAGGAACCCAGACCCCCAGCUCUGGACCUCUCUCUCGACAACUCCCGCCCCUCAACACCCUCCACCCGAACCUUCUACUCGGACAGCGAGAUUGGCGAGCCAGGCUCACCAGUCUACGCCAACGGCGACUGGGCCCAAGUCGACGACCGCGACAGAGGCAUCUUCUACGAACAACCAGAAUACGAGGACGAAGACAUCACCCCUUCCGCCCAAGAAUAUACCCCCUACCCCCAUAAUCUCGACCAAGAACACCUUCAAAACCAACACCGCCACCAACAAAUCCACAGAACUCAAACACCCGAAACAAAUCCCGAACCCCCAACCCCCCGUGAAACACCCCUAGACACACCCCUCACAUCCCCAAUGCAUUCACCAAUGUACUCAUCCUUCGACUCUGCAUACCCAUACCCAUCAACACCCUCAACCUCCAAAUUACCGCACUACCCUCCCUUGGAUCCAUACACCUAUGAUCCGGUGUACUUCGAUCCGCAUGUGCAAUCUGUCCUUGCAGCUGCGAACGCGGAGACGAUGGGAUUGCGCGGGACACCCGCACGGGCACUUGAGGAGUUACAACGCGGUCGUGGUGAUGCGCGGUUUGAGUUCCCGAGGGGAAAGAGUCAUGAGAGGAAGUCUGUGCAGAGGAAGGGAUUGAAGAAGUUUUUCAGUUGGAGAUCUGGGAAUUAG